AUGUUAGCAGACUCUGACUUCACUUAAAAAAGUGGCAUGGGAACUUCUAUGUUUUCAAGGCCAGGCAAGUUCACUACCUUUUAGCAUUUGGCUUUCAAUGGAAAGGAGUACUAAAUGGACAUAAAUGAGGUGCGACUAGACAUGAAGAGACCAAAGAGAGCUGCUAAUUCACUUAACACUAGUAUAAAUGCUGGAUCAGGAGGAGGUGGAAGCACUGGUGGUGGCGUAAUAGGAAAUAAUAUCUCAAAGUCAUCUAAUGAUAACUUACUUAGUCCUUAGAUGAUAAAGACUAUUAAGAAUUUCAACAUGGACUAGGAUUAGAUUACCUAAAAAAUGAUGGAGAUAAACAAGCUUUAAUAGCAGUAAUAAGAAUAUGAGCAAGCCAUGAAACUUAAAGAUUAGAAAAAGGACAGAUUUAGCAAUGGAAAGAAGUCUAUGUAAGUUAAGAAAGUAGGCGAUUCUUCAUUCCUGGGUGUGAAAAGAGAAAAUGCUCCAAUAUCGAUUAGGAGAGAUGACACCAGGGAAAACUUGUUUAAGUACAAUCCCAAAUUUGACCUGGUAGAUAAGAAACAAACUCUGAAUUUUAAGUUUGACUAUGGAAUCAAGGGUGUUCCUUCUGAGAAGUCAGAUGCCAGAAUAUGCGGAAAGCUUUAAAAGCUAUGCGAGAAAAUUGACGAGGAGUAUGAGCAGAGUAUAAUUGGUGGUACCACUUAAAUCGGAAAUUCCUAGAUAUACAGCAACCUCAAAUCCCAGAAAACAGCCACAAAACAGACUAACUUCAUUAGUUCACCAAGAGAAGACAAAUUGAAUGAAUCAGUGAUUGUAAGGUCGGCAGUCCCAAAUCAAAUGCGAAACACUCUAUAAAGCAGCACAAUGAAUCAAAGCGUCAGAAUGGAGAAACUUAAGACACAAGAAAAUAUGAUGAAACUGACCUAGUUCUACAGUGAUGUUAAGGAUGCUAAGAAGGAAGAAGAUGAGGAGAAGGUGGGUAUGUGCUUGAUUGAUCUAAAUAAAAAGAAAAGCAGAGAUUUCUACUAUGAUCACAUCCCAGGGCCUCACGAAGGCAGGUUUGAAAAUAUAAAUAAGCUACCUGAGCCAAUCACUUAGGUCAAAUACAUUUCAUCACCAGACUUCAGAAAAUACACAAAUAGGAAGCCAGUAUUCCCGCUUAAUAAAACUGAUAAAGAGACUGAAAUGGAUCAAUCCCCUUACAAGCCAGGCGAUCCCUAGUAUAAUCCAAGAUAUGAUAGACACAAGAAGAACUUGUCCUUGGGUAUUCCAGAUUUCAACAAGAUGCUUCAGAGGUCAGAGUUCUGGGAGGGCAGACAUUCAAUCCCAGAUCAUUAUGACAGUGACAGCAUAAUAAAGGGAGUUGAGAUGCAGUCGAAAUUCAAGAGGAGACAAUAGCCCAUUGGUUUUGAUAAAAUGCUCCCAAGAGAUGAGAGAAUGUUUUUCAUUAACGAGGGAAAUAACUUAAAACAAAAAGAAGAGUCUAUUCUUGAAAAACUUCAGAACUUGGACGCUUAUCCCAGGAAAAUAAACUUAAAGAACAUGCUACUAAAACACUCCAAACAGGGUAAGGCUAUGAGUGCCUAUCACAAUCCAAAAGGAGAUGAUGGUAGUAUCUCAAUGAGCUCAAUAGCAUUUAAUAGUGAAAACGGCUCAAGAGGCUAUGGAGCAGGGAAAAGACUAAGUCUAGAAUAGAAAAUACUUGCAGGAUACUACAAGAUAACCAGUGAUGAGAUGCAAAUAUGA